AUGAAUAUGGAAGAUAAUGUUGACCGUAAUUUUGUUCUUCGUCCGACACCAGGACAAAAGUUCCGCCCAAAAGCAAUCACAGGCAUGAUACAGGAAGUGAUGAAUGAGAAAUUAGGCGAUAUGAUCAAAUAUGACGAGAACGAAGCUGAUCAAGCGUCAAAAGACAUUUCGUCAACAAUCAGAGAACGAUUGAAGGGUAAUUUUCUCCUGAAAGUCACUCAAUCUUCCACGCUACAAGUAUUUGUUCAGACAAUGAUUGCUGAGCAAUCAGGGAGCGGAGCAACCACCGCAGUUCAAUGUGUUUGGGAUGAAGACUGUGAUGGGUUUCUGAGUCACAGAUAUGUCAAUGUAGGUUUUUCUUAA